UACUAUGAGGAUUACUAUGAUGACCUGGAGUCGUCGAGUGGUGGGCCGGAGCCUUUAAUUGAAUUGGAGACGGUGUUUGUGGACCCACCCUACUUUGAGCGGGCGGAAAUUGAAAUUUCGGCCCAACCAAAUGCGGAUGUUCUAAUGAAUUGUGACGUGAAAAACUUUCACGCAAACAAUGUCGUCAUCUGGUAUAAGGAUCAAACUGUCAUCAUCAAUGGCCAACACUCAAUGAACGACCGCUUCGAAGCCCUAAAAAAUAAUUCGAUUGUCUUGCGAAAUGCCCAGCCGGAUGAUGAGGGCAAUUAUUUUUGCACAGUUCUGCCACAAAAUAUUACCCAAAAUGUUGUGUUGACAAUUGAGAAGGCAUUUACGAUACGCUGUGAUGGUCGUGAUGUCUUGGAUCGCAGCAUUGUCUAUCGGCAGGGGGAAUCGCAUGUGUGUGAGUGUAAGGCCAGUGGUGAGGAGAGCAAUAUUAAAUGGUUUUUGAAUAAUCGCCGCUCCUCCGAUGUUGAGCUCGAAGUUGAUGAAAAUGCCAUUUAUAUUGAUCCUGUCGAUGAACAUCAUGCCGGUAUCUAUCAGUGUAUAGAUGAUGAUGGUUCAGCCACUCCCAAACACGGCCGCUUUGAAGUGGUAGUCCAUUAUGCUCCCAAAGUUUCGACACAUCGCCAUCAUGUGAAUACGGACAUUGGUAGUACCGCGGAAUUGUAUUGUGAUUAUCGAAGUUAUCCCAUUGCGGUUACCAGAUGGUUGAAGAAUAAUCAAUAUUUAAGUCUGUCCGAGAAAUACAUGAUGACCUAUGCGGCGGAACAACAUUUCAAUCGCAGCACCCUCACAGUGAGAGAUGUAACGACAGAUGAUCUGGGUGAAUAUAAAUGUCAGGCAGAGAACUCCAUUGGUUCCAGUGAACUGAAAGUCCAUUUGAUGUUGGAACCCGAAAGAGGUCAGUUUGAAAGUGUCGAGAUCAAAGGCAAUGUUGUGACCCUAUAUUGGCUGGUUCGCAGUCUACAGCCCCUCUCCGAAGCUGUGUUGGAUUACAAAAUGACCGGGGCCUACACAUGGAGUACAACCUCGGUGCUGCAUACACAUCGUCACGAGGAUGGUAUUUGGAAGAUUACCCAUGAAAUGGAACUGCUGCCCGGAGAAUGGCAGACACGCAUGAAAACCAAAAACACAAUGGGUUGGUCGAAAUUUUCGGCGCCCUAUAUUUUCACAAUCAGAGAGGAGAGUGAAGAUGACAAUGUCCUGGACAUUGUCGAUGACAAAGAAAAUGUGGUCAUUGCUGGUUUUGGCGGUGGAGCCAAGGAACAAAAAUCAUCAGCUGCUUCAAGGAGUUGCCACCUAUCCCUAUAUGUACUGCUUCUCCUUGUUACAACAACGUUUUAUAGGCAAAGGCAUGUGGGCCUACGACAUUAA